GCCUGUGUCUCGGUUGAGCUGCUUGAAGCUGCGUGCGAUUCCACGGCAGGACCCGCCUGGUUGACUGAGGAACUUGCAGGAACGACAAUUGCCAUACCUCUGGUACGAGUGACAACAGUUUUUGUACUAGACGAUGACGAUGACGAAGAGGACGACUGCACUCCGACAGAUGAGGUCGAUAAUUGGAUGUUUGUCGAAGAGGAUUGGACGCCUGCGGAGCUGACUGACGAAGAUUGCGCUGCGGCCGCAUUCGCGCCAGGUGCACUGGCUGAACUUUUCGAUGAGGCGGCUGAACUGGUCUGAACAAUGGCGCCACCUCUAGUCCUAGUGAUGCUCGGCAUCAAGGAUUUCGAGGUGGACGUCGAUGAACUAGACUUUGUUGAAGGGAUGCUGGACGAGACCUUCGAAGAGGAAGGAGAGCUGGCUAUCUUUGAUGAGGAGCUCUUGCUGGAAGAAGUAGAAGAGACCUUGCCGCGCGUAGCUGUGAUCGAGCUCUUCGUGCUAGAGGUCUUGGCAGUCGAAGUUUUGGCAGUUGCGGAACUCUUCACGGACGACGAUGUCUUCUUACUGCUCGUGCUUGAUGACUUGGUCGACGAUGUCUUCUUACUGCUCGUGCUUGAUGACUUGGCCGACGACUUUACUGAGGACGAAGUCGUUUUGACUGCCGAUGAUUUGGUGCUCGAUGUGCUCGAUGCUGAACUGAGGAUGCAUUUACAAGCAUUUGUCACCUGAGAUGCAGAGAGACCAGGAACAGGAGAAUUGGUUCGCGAGGCUUCGGCCCACCAGUUACAGAAAGGAAUGGUGUAAGUGA